UUAGAAUUAAAAUUAAAAAGUUAGAGCCUCAUGUCAAGUGCCGGUAGGGUGGGAAGAAUCUUGUAAACUUCCAAAUUUAUCACGUGCAUUCAUUUCCAAUAACCCGCUUAACCCAUUAACACAACCGCUUUCUUUUGCGUUUCUUUUCUCAAUUUCCUUUCUCUGCUUGCCGUAAACGAAGAGAGAAGAAAAACAAAGAAAAAGCCCUAAAUCUAAUACGAGGACGACACGCAUAUCCUUCAAUUUCGGUCGAGCGGUCAAUGCAAAUUCAUUGACUGUUGAAUCCAAAGCCACUGGUGUCGUCGCGUGAAUUUAGCCUCAGACAUUUCCGGUGCAUUCAAGCAUACCCUCCCCUUUGGUUUUUUUUUUUUUUUGGGAUUUAUUCCCAUUGCAGAAAAUUCCCGAAUCCCCGGAUAUUUUCUUGUUGUCAAUCUCGUCUUUUUGGAGCCUCUGCGAAAAAGUAUCAGAGGCCUUCGAAACUUUUCAAUGCCGCCAUUUACGUCCACCACGAAGGCGGUGUUGUCCUUGUUAUCUCGGCGGAGCGGUUUCAGAAAUCUGGUUAGGUACAGCGGCAAGGUUGAGCGUUCGAAGAAAUUGCAUCAGAGUCGGUGCUUUUUCAGUGGCAUCGCGGGCAUCGAGACCGGAUCAGUGCGUCAAUUGAUUGGCUCUGCAAAUCAGGAUGUGAGUUCUUUGUCGGGAGCUUACUUCGAUGUUAGUAAUGUUCAAAGGAGGCGGUUUCUUGGUUGCGGGGAUGGCGAAGAAGGCGGUGUUUUGUCCAAAGUUUACGAGGAAAGGCGCGUCUUGGGGUAUUCUCCAGAGCAAUUAUUUGAUGUGGUUGCUGCGGUUGAUUUAUAUCAUGGCUUUGUUCCCUGGUGUCAGCGGUCUGAUGUACUUAGACAUAAUCCCGAUGGAUCGUUUGAUGCUGAGCUAGAGAUUGGGUUUAAAUUUCUUGUUGAAAGUUAUGUCUCCCAUGUUGAAUUAGAUAGACCAAAGCGUAUGAAGACCACUGUGUCAGAUAGUACACUUUUUGAUCAUUUGAUAAACAUCUGGGAGUUCAACCCGGGACCCGUUCCAGGGACAUGCAACCUUUAUUUCUUGGUAGAUUUUAAGUUUCAGUCACCACUUUAUCGACAGGUGGCAUCCAUGUUUUUUAAGGAGGUGGUGUCUCGAUUGGUUGGUUCAUUUAGUGAUCGAUGCCGUUUGGUAUACGGACCUGCGGUCCCAGUCCUUGAAAACUCGUAUGGACAAAGAGCCUGAAUUUCGUUCACCAUUCAGUGAGAAUACAGUUACACAUACUUGCCGGGUAUUUUUGUUUGGCAUGCUGCCCGGUGCCCAUGAGACAUUUAAUUCUUGUUAAUUGUUAAAUGAUCAAUAGGAGAAAUGGAAGAUUUAGUUAUGAAUGUGUUUUACAACACCUUAGUUCUUCAUACUUUGAUUAAUUUUUAAUCAAUUUCUUUCUUUGUGUAAUCACAUUUAUUUGAAUAUUUUUAUCUGGUAAUAUAACUUCUUCUUUU